AUGAAAUUAUACGACAUCAUUGAAAUAAUAAAACUUACUGAAUAGAGAGGAUAAGAGUUAUUAAUAGAUGCUUUAGUGAUAGGAAUUGAAAUAGGAAGAGGAAAUAUUUCUGAUUUUAAUGACUUAAAGAGUGUAGUAGAAUAAUUAAAGAAUAUUAAACAGAAAAUUGAUAAUAGUCUAUUUAGUCCUUUCAUCAGAGAUAAUAUUUAUGAUAGGAUAAUAAACUAAAAAGAAAUUGUAAUUAAAUAAAUAAUUUUGAGUUGGCUGAUGUUUUAUAAAGUGUAUAAAAUUCUUUAAGAAGAUUUUCUUAAUAAAAUGUUAAAAAUGAAGUUUGCUAAGUUUGUAAUUAGUAAGUAAAUAAGCAAGAUAGAAUGAAAAUAAUCUAAAUGCAAUGUAAUCAUUUAUUUCAUUAAUAAUGUGUAUUACCAAGUUUAACUAUUCAAAAAGAAAUAUUUUAAGCUUAUUAAUGUCCACUUUGUGAAACUUAAACAUUAAAAGAUGAAAUAUUGAAUCAAUUACAAAAUAAUUCAUAAUAAGUAGUUUCUUGUUGUCCAACACCAUAAUGCAGAAAAAAAUUUGUAUUUUAAGGAUAAGAAAUUUAUAGAUGUUAAAAUUGCAAAAAGAAAUACUGUCUUAGAUGCUUUUCUUAAUAACAUGAAAUUAAUAAAUGUUAAAUAAAUAAUAAUAAUUAAUUUAAAAAUGGUGAUAAUUAUAAGGAAUGUCCACAUUGUAAGAAAUGGAUAAUAACAUUUUAAUUUGAAGGUACCAUUAAAUGUACAAAAUGUAAUAAAAGUAUUUGUUUGGGAUGUAAUGAUUCUAAAUGCAAUUGUUAAGAAAAUAAAGGAAUCUUUUAUUCUAUUAAAAGCAGAUUUUCGAUUAAAUCAUGA